CAGGGCCACUUCAAUCAUCGCGUAGGGGGUGGCGGACUGCUGUUAUCAAGCGUUGUUCCAGGUAAUGUUGUCAUUUUUUCCCCACAAAUAUGAUAUUUUAGCGUGAAUUUGAAGGAUACGGCGACCCACGAGAGGUGAAUGUUUGUAUGGCUGAGAGAGGAACGGGGGUAUUCGUGGUUGUUGCUCACCUCCAGUUUCCAAUGUGGAAGCCCUUCUUCCAUGAUACCGCUCUUAUGUCCCUCUCGCUACCCCUCCUAUGUUUCUCAUCUACUUUCUCCAUGCUCGGUGGAUGGAGCAAAGCGAUCAAGAGAUCUAAAUGCUCACUUGAACGGAUAUGUCGAAGAUCCGGUGGAAUACACAACCGAAAUGUCGCUAUACUGUGAACAUACGAGGGACUGGUGCGAGAUAUCAUGCGCGUUCGAUGAAAAUAAAUAGCCUCUACACCGUAUGUGGGAUGACAUUUAUCUAAGAAAAUAAUGAAAUGCGCCUUUGAUUGCAUUAAAUUACCAAAUGCGAUCUCUUUCAUUGUGCAUGCUCAUGUAGGUAGGCAUAACAAUGAGCAUAUGCGACUAUAUCACUGCAUAUUUAUGCGAUAACAUUUCGUGUUUUUCAUUUUUAUUUUCUCAUUGAUGCACCGCUGGUUUGGCUAAUAGAUCAGGCUCACAGCCUCGGUAGAAUUCGAUAGCCUGUCCAGUUUGCUUUAUCUGAACGCAGAACAUGGAGCAUUCGUGUCGUUUUAUAAGUGCACCACAAUGUUAGGUGAUUACUACAGUAAUAUUAAUGCUUUUCAACGCGUUAUCUCCGUUGUGUGAGUCAUAAUAAGUUGGAUCCCGGGCGUGUGGAACACAAGCUUGGUUCUCUAGGCGGACUUUUGUCUGCACAACCACCGGGCAGGAGAGAAGAGGAAAAGCCUCCCCUCCCCCCAGGUUCCGCGGAACAGGAACAACUUCUUUAGGAAGAAAAAAAGUUGCUCAAGUUUGGAACGUCUUGGAGCAAGGGGUAGGCUACUUUUUCUACUCAUUAUUGGGAGCGAAUGCACCGCCGAGAUUUACUGGAUAAUAGUAUAAUCAUUCUGGAAUCGGAGUUCUUUGGUGGAUCGUACUUUCGAAAACUGUUGUUUUGUGCAACGCUGGAUUUCAACCGAACUUUCCUCGAUUUGAAGGCUUCGCUUCGGAUAAAAGGAACUCUGGUUGUGUAUUAAGUUACCUCUCUUGCGAAAGAGACACGAUGGUAGCCUAGGCAUAGGCGCCCAAUUUGGGUUGGGAUGUUCGUGAACUUUUUUGAAUAGCAAUGGAGGAUCUACAUUUCUGUGUUUGGUCUAAAUUAAAAAGCCAUAUCGUAAAGGGUUUGUGAUUUGGAUACCUUUACCGGCUUAUUCUGGGAUUUAUAGUUUUUUUUUUUUUUUUUUUAAUUGCUGGCCUGAACGUUGGCAUACAUCACAAUUGGAGAAAAAGGCGAGCAGUGGUGAUCAAGGGAACCGGUUGGCCAAUGCCACUGAUGAGGAUCAACACAGACCUCUGACUUCAGGGGAUCAUUUGAGGCUUUGGGUCCUCUGCCAUUGUCCUUAUCCUACACACAGACAGACAUGGCCACAUUAAUAUCCCGGUGACACAUGAAGAUGUGUGCCAAAGAGUUGUAAGAGCUCCUGAGGGAGACUCCAUACAUUCCUGCACACACCCACCCACACACAAACCCACGCAUAUACAGUUUCACACACACAAACACAAAAACACACACCCCACACACACACACACACACACAUACACACACCACACCCACACACACACAGACAUUCAGUCACAGAAUAUGCUUGAGGUGCAAGAAGAGAGGCCAGCAGCAGCCACGGCUACAGCGACGCACUUCGGCAAGAAAGAGAGGGAGCGUGCGCGGAAAGAGCGAGAGGAGGGGAAGGACGGGCGCAGCCUUGGCCCCAGCGCGGGCCCCCGGACCGGCAGGGCCAAAUCCACGGGCCUCGCAGCGCACACACACUCCCACGCACACACUCACAGCCCGCACCAGCACUUAAGUCCGCCAAUAGUUGCCCUGGGAUCUCCGUCAAUGCAUUCCAGCAACCCCAAAGUCAGAAACUCCCCAACAGCCAACACUCAAAGCAGUCCCAAGUCCAAGCAGGAGGUGAUGGUCCGUUCGCCCCCUGUCAUGUCUCCCUCCAGUGCUGCACAGAUGGAAUCCAAACUGGCCAAUCAGGGAAAGCAAGGCAGCGCCGCCAGCCAAUCACAACCCUCCCCCUGUGACUCUAAGACUCUGGGCGGUUGCCACGCGCCAAAAGGGGCGCAGGGCGGCGGCGGCGUUGGAUCCGGCCUGAAGAACGGCCAGGGCCUCAACUCGGGCUCCAAGGUGAAGUUAAAGAGGGAGCGGAGCACGUCGCUGGAGUCCUACGAGCAGCGCGACUCCGCUACGCCCAACAACAACGACGGCGGCGAGCCGAGAGAGGGGAGCCGGGCAAAGCGCAUGUGUGUGUCGGAGAGACGGCAGCCCUACAGCGGAGCAGACUGGUGCUCAGGGGGAGAGAGUGACGAAGAUGAGCAGAACUUCUAUAACUGCUCCUCUGGGGAUCUGAAGCCCCAGGACCCCAGCUCCCACCCAGCCUCGAAUCCUGCCCUGAGCCGCUCCUCCACGCCUUCCCACAAUGCAAUGGGAACCCAGAGUGCUCCCAACGACUCCAGCAGUGCCCACAAACCUAAAGUGGUGUAUGUUUUCACUACAGAGAUGGCUAACAAGGCUGCCGAUUCAGUAGUGACGGGACAUUCUGAGACCAUCAUUGCCUUCCACAUGAAGAACAUCUCCAAGCAGGGAGACAAGUCCCACCUCCUUGUGAACAAUCAGACUGGACCCCUCCGGAAUGAAGGGAAACCCCCACAAUCAUCAGGUGUUGGGCCCCAAGACCAGAAUCUGCCACCCGGCGCCAAACCUUCCCAGCAGCCCUUCCAGCAAUCUCAGCUUCCAGGAGCUCAGGGGCCCAAGUCUGCUGGCCUUUCCCAAGACGGAGCUCUGUCAACAGGCAUGGACUCAAAGAGCCUACCAAGCAGCAGUCCGCGUAAUCCCACACCUCAUGACCGAACGCCUGGCAGCCAGACCCCGUGCUCCCCAGGUGCCCAGCCAGGGUUCCCCCCAGGGGAUGGAUCCAAAGGGGGUGACCAGAAGCUUCUGCCCCAGGACAUGAUGCCUGGCAUGGGGGAUAACUCUGUUUCAGAGGGCCUUUCCCAAGAGCAACUGGAGCAUCGUGAGCGCUCUUUGCAGACGCUCCGAGACAUCCAGCGCAUGCUGUUUCCUGAUGACAAAGAUAUGCCUGGCAUGGGACAGAAUGUCCCGCCGGCUGGACCCUUACCCCCAAAUCAUCCUGGUAUGAUGGAAGGAGGCCCCAAAAAGCCAGAGCAGGGGCCUCUGCAGGCCAUGAUAGCUCAGUCGCAGAGCCUGGGAAAACCUGGUGGCCCAGGAGGCCGUCCAGAUGGGCCCCCCUUUGGGCCAGGAGGUCCCCGAGAUAUGCCCUUUUCUCCAGAAGACAUGGGGCCUAUGCCGCCUGGAGGACCAAUGAAUUCCCACCCUGGGGGUUCAGGGGGGGAACAAGGGGAUCACCUGAACCCUGAGCAGAUGGCGUGGCUGAAGCUACAGCAAGAGUUUUAUGAGGAGAAGAAACGCAAGCAGGAACAGAUGCAUAGGUCCAUGGGGGAUCCCAUGAUGCUUCACGGUCCACGUGGUGCCAUGAUGCGUGCCCCUCCCCCACCCUAUCAGAUGAAUCCUGGGGAGGUUUGGGGUCCUGGUGGGCCUGAGCCAUUCCCUGAUCAGAUGGGCAUGGGGCCUCGUGGGAUGCCGCCACACAUGCAGCGAAUGCCCGGCUUCCCUGGCAUGAUGAACCCAGAUAUGGAGGGAGGGCCAAAUCCCAUGCCUCGGCCAGGCAUGAACUGGCCUGAUGAUAUGCCUAAAAUGGGAGACGGUAGAGGUUUCCCGCCCGGACAGGGCAUGUUUGUGGGUCCUGGGGGACCAGGAGGAAGGGUCGAGAGGUUCCCAAACCCACAGGCAGUGCAGGAAGCUAUGUUCCAGCAGGGAAUGGAGGGAAAACCUGGAAUGGGGAUGCCACCAGGAAUGAUGAUGGAAAGGAUGAUGGGACAUCCCAGACCUGGAAUGGAUCCCACCAAUGGCCAGGGAGGUGGCAUGUUCCCACGAAUGCCCGGUGAUGGACCCAUGAGCCCAGCCUCAAGAAUGGAAUACAUGAAGGGGUUGGGACGGGAGAUGGGCCCAGGUCCAGAAUUUGUCAUGGGGCCUGGGGGCAUGGGUGGGGGCCCGAAUGCAGCUAUGAUGGGGGGCAAAAUGAGGGAGCCACCCAUGAGUAUGAGCCCUGAAGAGAUGAUGAAGAUGAGAGGAGGUCCACCUGAAAACAUGGGGCCCCAGCAGAAGAUGCAUCAAGGGCCACCUUUCCAAGACCAGCCUGGCGACUUCAACAUGGGGCCCAACAGGCACUACCCAGGUCACCCUCAGGGUCCUGGCAAUAUGAGGGGGCCAAGGGGUGGAGAUAUGCCCUUCGGCCCUGAUCAGCGACCCAACAAUGGCCCUAACGGUGGUAACAACCACGGCCGUUUGAGCCAUAUGCCCCCACAUCCUCAAAACCAGCCCCCUAACCAGGGCCAAGGUCCCGGCCCCAACUCUAUGCCCAAUCAGAGGGGCAUGGGGCGUAAACCAGCCGAACUCAGCAUCCAGGCUGGACAAGGGGUGCACUCCCCUGGGGUCAACCCCCUGAAGUCCCCUACUAUGAGGCAAGUCCAGUCUCCAAUGCUUGGCUCCCCUUCGGGGGCGAUGAAAUCACCCCAGACCCCUUCCCAGCUGGCAGGUAUGCUCUCAGGACCAUCGGCAUCAGCUGUGGCGGCAGCAGCAUCCAUCAAAUCUCCCGGGAUGAUGGGGUCUGCGGGAGCGUCUCCUGUCCACAUGAAGUCUCCCUCGCUUCCGGUCCCCUCUCCAGGGUGGGUGUCCUCACCGAAACCUCCCAUGCAGAGCCCAGGGAUCCCCCAGAACAACAAGAAUCCCCUGAGUAUGACUUCACCCAACAUGAUGAGCAAUGUAGAGCAAGGUGGGAAUGGCCCGUCUUCAGGUCCUCCCCCCAACUCCUCAGCGGGUGGCCCAGGUUCAAUGUCUCACCCAGGAAGUGUUCCGUCCGGCAGCCCCUACGGCAUUCCCCCAGAGCCCACACUACCCCAGAACCCUCUGUCCAUCAUGAUGUCACGCAUGUCCAAGUUUGCCAUGCCCAGCUCCACCCCUCUCUACCAUGACGCCAUUAAGACUGUGGCCAGUUCUGAUGAUGAUUCACCACCUGCCCGGUCGCCCAACCUGCCUUCACUCGGAAACAACAUGCCAGGAAUGGGUGUGAACCACCACCAAGGCCACCCGCGUAUGAUGGUACCUGGUCCUGGCGGCCCCAUGCCUGCUCUCAGCCCCAUGAGUAUGAACGCUAUGGGCUCCCAGCCCCUUUCCCACGGCAUGCCCAACCAGAUGCCGUCACCGAACCCCAUGGGUCCCAACAUGGGCCCCCACCCUGGUGCCAUGGGUCCAGGUGGCAUGAUGCCCCACGGGAUGAUGAUGCAGGGGGGCCCUGAACCUGGUAUGGUCAACAACCAGAUGGUACAAGGGAGGAUGGGCUUCCCACAGCGUGGGCAGGGUUUCCCACCUGGGCAGUCUCCACCUCAUCAGGGGCCUUUUUCUCACAAUGGUCCUGGGCCUCAGGGGCCUUUCCCCCACGGCAUGGGCUUCCAAGGUGAGGGUGGACCUAUGGGCCGUAUGGGUGGGAACAUGCCCCACGGGCCGGGCGAUCCAGGGAUGUGUAAGCCAAACCAUCACGGAGGACAUGAGAACUUCGGAGGCAUGCCUGGGGGGUUCAGUGAUGCCGAUCUGCAUGAGGUCAUGCGUCCUGGAGCCACCGGCAUCCCAGAAUUUGACCUGUCCCGCAUCAUCCCCUCGGAAAAGCCCAGCCAGACUCUGUCCUAUUUCCCUCGAGGGGGCGGUGGAGGUGGGGAAGGUCCAGGUAAACCCCCACACCCCUCUGGUCCUGGUGUCUUCCAGCAAAUGCAAGGGAUGAUGGUUGAGGGCAACCCUAGGAUGGGAAUGCCAAUGCAGGGCAUGGGGGGCCCGCCGGGUCCUGGUCACAUGGGGCCCCAGGACAUGGGCAUGGGCAACCCUGGACACAACCCCAUGCGGCAGGCUGCCUUCAUGAAUCAGGGCAUGAUGGGACCUCAGCACCGCAUGAUGUCGCCAGGACAACCAGGAAUGCCUGGGCAGCCGGGAAUGAUGGGAGGGCCAGGGAUGAUGCCAGGGAAAGAGAGGGGGGGGCCCAUGUACGGCCACCAAGGCCCCGUGGGGUCCCCAAACAUGAUGAUGUCUUUACACGGCAUGGGGGGCCCCCAGCAGACUAUGAUGAUGUCGCCGCAGAUGAGGCCCCGAGGCAUGGGGUCAGACAUGGGCAUGGGCUUCAACCCUGGACCCGGGAUGUUCUGACCUGACCUGGCCUGGCCUGGCCUGGCCUGGCCUAACUGAACAGUGCAUAGGGGAGGAUAUGAACAGUUGGAUGUUUAGAAUAAAAUCCACCAUGAUUUAAACAUCCGUUGGCUGUCACAGUGGAAUCAGCGAAAGUGGAAAUGGAGGUACCCACAAUGCAACUGCUGCCAUGAUAAGUGGGGCUGAGCAUUGAUUCUUGGACAUGGAAGUGACCGUUUUGUGUGUUCGUAGUGAUGGCUAAUUUUGCCAUCAGUGCCAUGAGAGAAUACAGGAAGCAAAAUAGUUUUUGUUUUUUCUUUUUCGGUUGUUGUUUGUCUUUGUUACUUUUUGUUCAUGGAAACUUCAGAAUGUACAGGACUAGCGUUCACUAGCGCAAAACUGCUUAGGUUUUUGUAAAAUGUUUUGUCCGGACUUGGAACAUUAACUUUGGCGUAAAAACUGACACGAAUUAAAGUCAUCAAAUAAAGAAUCAGGAGGUAGAGAUCGAAGAUGAAACUUUUUCAAAUAAUAAGGAAAAACAACAAACAAGCAAAAAAACUGAAAAAAUACAAAACAAGUUCUCCUGACAAGGAUUUUUUUAUCGUAAAGGUUGACUGCGUAAGAAAAAUACCAACAAAACCCCACCAAUCAAGACUUGAAAGGAACUUCAUUUUGUCAGCAUUUUUGUUUACGUCUCACUGAUCGGAGAUGGCAUUUGUUGCUUUGUGUGUGAGUGUGUGUGUGUGUGUGUGUGUGUGUGUGUGUGUGUGUGCACGCGUGUGUGCGCGUGUGUGUGGGUGUGUACCGUCCUCAUGUUUAAGGGAUUUCACCAGAGACUCUUCCUCCAGGUCUGUGGCUUCACACGGUGACAUUAUAGGGAGGCGGGGCUUAUCGCCAGGCCUGGGCACUCCAUAUGUUCACCUUGGGUCGGCUCAGACUAUUUUAAUUUUAUUUGUAUUGUUGUGUUUUUUUAUUUCCUUUGUAUCUCCAGUGUAUAAGAAAUCGACCUAUGACCUCAUACAGAUAAUAGUAUUAUUAAAAAAAGCACAAACAUGGAUUAACCAUAAAGGUACGCAGCGUUUUCAUUCAUGGGGUGCAGGUGGAAGUGGAAUCAAGCAAUUAAGGCACUAAAUGACUUUGGUGAGACUGUAAAGAACUAUAGGAUUUAAAGAGCAUUAAUGACAGCUUAGUGGUCCUUCUGCACAAAGAACAUUUGGGUAUUUGGUGAAGCUGAUUUAGUACUUCUUGGCCCGCAGUAAUGGACACAUUGAAAAGUGUCUGGCUUUUACAUUGAGGCAAGAUCCAAACUAGUCUCCGGACUGGCUGAACAACUUAUGGCCACGUGUCCAGAAAUUAUAGGAGGUCUCGUAACUGAUGUAAUUUCACCACAUUUAGUAAAUUUGCCAGCUUCAGAUUGGUGUGUGUGUGUGUGUGUGUGUGUGUGUGUGUGUGUGUGUGUGUGUGUGUGUGUGUAUAUUAACAACACACAUCUUACCAAUUCAUUGAAUUUUUUUCUACAGCUAGUUGGCAAACGUACAUGGUGUAUUUGUGAGCUCAAUUUCACAUGUAUUUUGUACUGAGGAUGGGUUUCAGUUUAUAUGUUGCAGUCCAUUUUCUAUGGUCAGUUGAAUUCUUAUAAAUGCCAAUUUGUGAUUCAUGUUUAAA